CGACCAUGCACCCAUGUUUCUUGGCUCCUCUUGACUCCAGACGAAAGCUUUUAAGAAGAAAAAGUGAUCAACAAGGCUAGAAAAGUGAAUCAAAAAAACAAGUUUCCUUUUUUAGUGUUAACACGUGGUUCGGAAGUACUAAAUGAUGUCAUACGUCUGGAAGACUCAAAUGGAAUACGAAUAGGCAAAGGACAAACAAGGGAGGAUGUCAACUAGAAGCUGAUACUGAUCAUGGACAUGUCAGGAGAAACUAUAUACAACACGUGUAAAAGAAAUUUUAGUCGACACGGUAUACCUGAAAGAGUCUGUAGUGAUAAUGGAACAAAUUUCGAGAAUAAAUUGAUGAAGAAACUUGGUGAAGAUUGGGGGUUUGAAUUAGUCACCUCGGCUCCGAAACACCAAAGAGGAAAUGUAAAAGCUGAGGCUACAGUGAAGAUUGCAAAAAGAUUAGUAAAAAAGGCAGACACAAGCAAAGAAGAUCUUUGGUAUAUGUUACUUCAUUGGAGAAACACACCUAACAAAAUUGACUCGAGUCCGAAUCAAAGAAUAUUCUCCAGAAGAACACACAGCGGAGUCCCUAUGACAAAUAAACAUUUACAACCACAAACUGUUCUAGGAGUUCCGGAAAAAAUUGAUAGUAACAAGAAGAUCAGUAAGAAGUACUAUGAUAAAAAAACUAAGGAUCUUCCUAAAUUAAAUAUAGGACAGGGAGUAGCAGUUCAACUUAAUCCAGAAGUCAACAAAUCAUGGGUUAAGGGUGACAUCGUUAAAAAAGUAAAAGAUAGAGAUUACAUAGUUAAUGUUGGUGAUCGAACAAUUAGACGCAACAUUGUUCAUAUAAAACCAUUCACGAAUCUUCUAAAAAAAAUAUUCAAGCUAGCAAUGAGGAUCAUCAACCGACUACAAUGUGAUACCUUAAGUUAAGAAUAU